AUGGCAUCUUUUGCAGGGACAACCCAAAAAUGCAAGGCCUGUGAGAAGACUGUGUAUUUAGUGGAUCAACUUGCUGCUGAUAAUAAGGUUUAUCACAAAGCUUGUUUUAGAUGCCACCACUGUAAGGGUACUCUCAAGCUGAGUAAUUACUGUUCCUAUGAAGGAGUUCUAUACUGCAAACCGCACUUUGAUCAACUGUUCAAAAUGACUGGCAGCUUAGAUAAGAGUUUUGAAGGGGCACCUAAAACUGCUAGAGCUGACAGAUCCGCCGAGCAUGGCCAUACAAGUAGCAAAGUUUCAAGUAUGUUUGGAGGAACUCAAGAUAAAUGUGUUGCUUGCAAGAAAACUGUUUACCCUCUUGAAAAGCUGAGUAAUUACUGUUCCUAUGAAGGAGUUCUAUACUGCAAACCGCACUUUGAUCAACUGUUCAAAAUGACUGGCAGCUUAGAUAAGAGUUUUGAAGGGGCACCUAAAACUGCUAGAGCUGACAGAUCCGCCGAGCAUGGCCAUACAAGUAGCAAAGUUUCAAGUAUGUUUGGAGGAACUCAAGAUAAAUGUGUUGCUUGCAAGAAAACUGUUUACCCUCUUGAAAAGGUGGCUGUUGAUGGAACUUCAUACCAUAGGGCUUGUUUCAAGUGUAGCCAUGGGGGCUGUGUUAUAAGUCCGUCAAAUUAUAUAGCCCACGAGCAUCAACUGUACUGCAGGCACCAUCAUACUCAGCUUUUCAAGCAAAAAGGCAACUUCAGCCAGCUGGACAAGCAUGAGCAAGCUAUAGAGAAAAAUGGGACAGACUAA